AUGGCACAGAAGACAGUGCGCAAAGACUUCGAGGAGGUUUUUCCUUCGCUCGUCCAGGACUUGCUCGGAGAAGCCAAAAAGUACAAUCUGCCAGACAAUGCGCUGCAAUGGUUCGAAAGAUCUCUCAAUGCAAAUACGCCUGGGGGCAAGCUGAACAGAGGCAUGUCGGUGCCCGACACUGGCUCUCAGUUGCUUGGUCGGGCCCUCUCCCCCAAGGAGUUCAAGGACCUCGCAACACUAGGAUGGCUCACUGAGCUUCUGCAAGCCUUCUUCCUGGUCAGCGACGACAUCAUGGAUUCAAGCAUCACCCGUCGAGGAGAGCCAUGUUGGUAUCGCCAGCCUGGCGUGGGUAUGAUCGCCAUCAACGACUCUUUCAUGCUCGAAUCCUCUAUAUACCUCACGUUGAAGAAACAUUUCCGAUCUCAUCCUGCAUACCUCGACCUGAUUGAGCUAUUCCACGAAGUUACGUGGCAGACAGAACUCGGACAGCUGUGUGACCUCAUCACGGCGCCCGAAGAUAACGUCGACUUGAACAACUUCAGCAUGCAAAAGUACACAUUCAUCGUCAUCUACAAGACAGCAUACUACUCCUUCUACCUCCCUGUCGCUCUCGCCUUGCACUACCUGCAGCUGGCUACGCCGCAGAAUCUCAAGCAGGCACGCGACAUUCUCAUACCACUUGGAGAGUAUUUCCAGAUACAAGAUGACUACCUCGAUGCGUUUGGCGACCCUUCGGUGAUUGGGAAGAUCGGGACAGACAUCAAGGACAACAAGUGCGGUUGGCUCAUCAACCAGGCUCUCCAGAUAUGCAGCCCGGCCCAGCGAGAGCUUCUGGACCAGAACUAUGGGCAGAAGGACGACGAGAAGGAGGCCAAAGUCAAGCAGCUGUACAAUGAACUGCAGCUGGAGAAGAGAUACCAGGACUACGAAGAGAAGCGCGUCGGUGAGAUUCGCCAGCUGAUCGCGGCGGUUGAUGAAAGCGAAGGGCUGAAGAAGGGCGUGUUUGAGGAAUUUUUGGCCAAAAUCUACAAGCGGUGCAAGUGA